AUGACUAAUCUUCUACUUUUGGCUGACAUCGCUGCUCGAAGUCUCAGCACGGUUGACGCCUGUGCUCAGACAGAGUUUGUUGACUCGCCGUCCACAAAGCCCUGUCCAUUUUCGGAGCUUAGCGAUUUGCAUUGCUAUCGCUUUCAUGACUACGUGAGGCGCAACGACUUCGACAUACUCGUCAACUCGACCCACGAUUACUAUUAUCGACUAGCCGCUCCAGACAAAGACUUGGAACAUUCCUAUGCAUUCCCUUUAUGCAGUACUCAGGAGUCGGACCGGCUCAACGCUACCUCCGAAGACAUGGCUGAGUUUCCAGAAACAGGGGGUGCCAGUUGCCUUCUGGACGACGACCUGGAAACGUUCGAACUGGACGACGUGGAGUUCGAUGAGCUUUUCGCUUACCUGUGCCCAGAAUCACAAUGUCUUAGCUCAAAUCAAGUUCUUGUCUGUCAGGAUUCUACAGACUCGCUCGCUAAACCCGGCAUCAUCUGUGAGCUGAAUUUCUGUCAAAACCGUGGUGAAUCUGUCGAUCACUGUGUUGCUUGCCGGUGGGGCGACUGUGCUCAGAAGUUUUCCUCCGUCGCGAAGUACUUGUUGGAAAGGCACAUCCGUAUUCACACCAACGAAAAGCCUUACACCUGCAGCAGCUGCGAAAAAAGCUUUCCUACCAAGGAACGACUGUCGAUUCAUCUCAGAAAGCAUCAAAGUAAUGGCGAUUUUAACCGCGUUAUCGUUUUGUUGCAUGCUUACUUUACACUGAUCAGUAUUUGCGUUCUGAUAUCUAACUGACU